AUGCAAAAAUAUAAAGAAUGUAAUGAGUUAGAAGAAAGUGAUAACAGUUGUAUUAUUAUGCCACAAGGAUCAGAACAAGUAGAAAAUGAAGUGAGAGCAAAUGUGGAUUUGAAGCCAGUGCUUAGCAUUCAUAUAGCCUUGCAAUAUAUUGCUAACAGAUCUGAUGAUCCAAUACUCGCUCCAGUUCAAAAAUUGCUAUUGCAUAGUGGUGCAGAACGUAACAUCUUGGCUCAGGAGACUUGUUAUCUUUUUCUAGAUAUACCACUAUAUCAUUCAAGCUUUAGUAAUGCCAGGUGGACAGCGAAGUCAUCUUUAAAAAUUUAUCAAGAAAGGCCUGUUCUUCUUCAUAUUUGCUAUCAAGAUCUUUAUCAAUUGACUGAAAAUGAUACAAUAACAUGGACUGCUUUAUAUGAACAUAAUAUUGUCGAAAUCAAUUCUGACCCAAUUAAUUUGCUUGGCCCCACUAUAGAUAAUAAAGAAACAGAGAUAGGUCCAGAUGCAACUAUUAAUGAUUCUUCCACUAUUGGAUCUUAUAGCAUAGAUAAAAAUUAUAACUGGAUUACUUCUGGUAGUUCUAAAACAGCAAAUCAUGAUAAUUUAGACUCUAAAAUUAUUAAUUAUGAAACCUUAAAUGAAAAUCAGAAAAUUGUAAUGGGAACUGCAGAUACUGGAAAAUCGUACUUCAUUAAAGCAAUUCAAAACAGACUUAAUAUGAUGGCUGGAGCUGCUGUUAAGUCACCAGUAAUUGUAAUAGCACCAACUGGGUUGCUCAAAAGAUUGAGUCAAUUGCAAGAAAAGUUACAAAAUAUGAACUACUUUACUAUAGAUGAAAAAACUAUGCUCUCAUCUGUCCUAGAUCUUUUCAUAUAUGCAACCAGUAUAUCACAAGACCUAUUGUCUAAUGAUGGUCUCAUAGUAUACACGCAAUUUAAAGAGGUGUAUAAACUUGAUGUGAUUGAAUAUCAAUCAGGAAAUUUUGAAGAACAACAGAAGUUCAGAGAUAUUCUUUUAUGGUUAAAUCAGUUUUCAGAGACUACUUUUAUUUUACCUAAGUGGUCUGAAGUUGAUGUAGUAAAUUUAGAUCAGUUUACCUCUCUGAAGCAUCCUGUUGCUAAAAUACUCGCAGUACAUAGUAGUGCUUGUAUUAUGCUAACCGUGAACCUAUGGACUGAGACAGGGUUAGUGAAUGAAGCAAUUGGAACAGUUCAGAGUAUUCUGUAUAAUGAAGAAGAACCACCUUCUUUUUCUGUAGCAGUUCUCAUAUCUUUUGAUAACUAUCGAAGGCUCACUAUUACUACUUUAGAAGGCACAGAAGUAGUUCUAAUUGUGCCCAUUAGAUGUUUCUGGGUAAGUAAAGGUGGAGUAAUAUGCUCAUAUUUGCAAAUACCUGUUUGUCUUGCAUGGGCCAUUACAGUGUAUAAGAAUCAAGGUCUUACACUUCCAAAGGCUGUAAUAGACCUUGGAUCUAAAGAAUUUUUAGCAGGUCUUUUGUUUGUGACAAUAUCUAGGGUUUGUACAAUAAAUGGUCUAAUCUUCAAAGCUUUUAAUUUUGAGAAACUUCAGCACAUAAAAAAAUAUAGAAGGAUUCAAGAGAGAAAAGAUGAAGAAAAACAGUUG